AAGCUGCCACAUUGAAGAGGAACAAAAAGGCGACCUGACAGCGCUUUCUGCACUCCCUCCACUUUCUCCGGGGUAGUCACGGGAUUUCAAUGUUCAGCUUGCUCUUUGGUUUCUGUGUUAACUUGAGCCGUACCUAUAUGGCGUGUGUGAGCGGAGAAUUUUGCCAGGCACAGCACCUCACCUCUGUGGAGAAGUGAAUCGGCCGCCCCCUGAGGGACUACGCUACCCAGAAACCCCCCUGACUGCCAGCACAUUAGGAACUGCAGACUCUUCUUCCAAAGGCCCCCCUGGGAUAUUGCGUAGUCCUUGGCCCGACUGCCCUGCCCUGUCCCAACCAAUACGAAAAAUCUUUGCAUUCUACUUUCUCCUUGAACAGCCAAUCACAAACAGCUCUCCUGAAUGGGCCGUCUCGCCAACAUGAACCGCCCCGCUGCAGUCGAGAUUGCCUACGAGUGCAUGAGGUUCCUCAUCACCCACAACCCCACCAAUGCCACGCUUAACAAGUUCACUGAGGAGCUGAAAAAGUUUGAGGUGAACACACUGGUGAGAGUUUGUGAUGCCACCUACGAUAAGGCUCCCGUAGAGAAGGAGGGGAUACAAGUCCUGGACUGGCCCUUCGAUGAUGGUGCCCCUCCUCCCACCCAGAUUGUGGACGACUGGCUCAAGCUGCUCAACACCAAGUUUCGAGAGGAGCCUGGCUGCUGCAUCGCUGUGCACUGUGUGGCAGGGCUUGGCCGAGCUCCAGUCUUGGUGGCCUUAGCCCUCAUUGAGUGUGGGAUGAAGUAUGAAGAUGCUGUGCAGUUCAUAAGGCAGAAGAGACGUGGAGCCUUCAACUCCAAACAGCUUCUUUACCUCGAGAAAUACAGACCCAAAAUGCGUCUGCGGUUCAAGGAUACCAACGGCCACAACUGCUGUGUGCAGUAGGCUGCCUGUCAGUGCAUCUUUCUUAUGCACAUCUAGUGGGGAAUCUUCCAACAAGGGGAGAUAAAAAAAAAGAAAAAAAAAAAAAAAAAAAAAAAAAAAAAAAAAAAAUGGAGAGUGCUAUCAGUAAUUAUUGUGAUGAUUUGUUAACACUGAGUCAUGGUUAAUUGAUCAGAGAGAAAGCGAGUGAUGGAAAGAAUGAAUCCAGAUCUGGGGAUCCACCAGCUGAACCAAUGAAUGGAAGGUCAAAGCACACAGAUUGGCCCGCCUCCCGGUUAUACUGUACAACCACGGGCCAGAAUUCUUUCAACUUGAGUCCAUCCUGUGUUUUUUUUUUUUU